CGAGGCCACUUCUUGACAACUGAGUCGUCGCCUUCUAAUGCCAUACCUUAUGAAGUUGUACCUCCCGAAGUCAUGCUUGAAGAGAUGGCUCCUAGGAAAAAGAAACAAAGGGUAGUUGAGAGAAACAGGAAUCCCCAAGUGAGCAAGGUUGCUUCGCCAUCCAAAACUGACACCUCUGGUAGAGCCCAGGACCUCUAG